AUGAGCAGCUGCGGCUGCGAGGGGCCGAAGCGUUGGUGGAGGUCAAACUGCUUCCGAAGUCUCGUCGGCAACGUGGAGCCCCGGAAUGCCGGUGCGAGAAGGAGGACCGCUGCCCGGCGGGGCCCCAAGGCGCCCCGGGUGCUGAUGGAGAACCGGGGAAACCGGGAGUCCCCGGGGCCAAGGGCGUUCCCGGCCUGCCAGGAAUCGCCCCGGAAUCUCUUCGCCAUGAGCACGGACGUCGCACCAGGAGCACCAGGGCCCACUGGACCGGCAGGAGAAGCCGGAAAGCCUGGAGAACCGGGAGAACCGGGCACCCCCGGAACGCCGGGGAAACCCGGCGUUCGGGGCAAGACCGGAAAGCCCGGACCGCGUGGCAAACCCGGAGCCCCUGGGAAGAUUGGAGAGCCGGGAAAUGUUGGGAUCCAAGGCGCUCCCGGACAGGACGCGAAAAUGGGCGAGAUGGGCAAGCCGGGGAAGGAUGGAGAUCGCGGAAAACCGGGAAAACCAGGGCCCCCUGGAGAGACCGGCUACCCUGGCGCCGAUGCUCACUACUGCCCAUGCCCCCGUCGCAAUCACUCCUUCGUCACAUACCUGCGCGCGACACGGAGGCGUUCGGCCAUGCAC